AUGAGACUAAACUCGUCCCGUGGGGCGCUUCGAAGGGAAGCCUUCGAGAAGUUGGCUGUCCUGUCAGCCCAGGCUCCACCUUCUCAUGCAGCCCAUCAGGAUAUACCACGCCUUUGUUCCCUUUACAAGACUUCGACCUCCUCCGACGGGUCUGUAAAAGGUCCUAUCGGCCUUCGUGAACUCGAAGUCUUGAUAGCGUUGUGUCGUGCCUCGUCCUCGAUCGACUCUUUGCAACAUGCCGAACGUCUUCUUCAACAGAUCACUCUCUAUCUAACAGAAGCUCAGACUCAGACAUUCCGACCUUCACCUUUUCUGCGUCACGUCCAUCCCUCGCCAUGGGAAGUGCUUGUGCAGGAAGUUACGUCGGCCAUGCUCAACAUUGGCCUCAGGAUUCCUUCCUUGCGUCCACAGGUUGUCACGACCAUCACCAACACAAUUGAUACUUAUGUCCAUCAAGGACAAAACAUCGACCGACUCAAUGCAUCCGAAAACUCUGCUCUGGAUCUUGAUAACGCUUCCAAGACGAUCACCUUUUCCGCCUCGCUUCUCGGUCUUCUUACAGCACUUGCCCAGAGACCCCAGGUUUUCACGAUACAAGAGCGCGCUGCAAUCAUCCGCAAGCUUCGAACUCUCUACUCCGAGAAGUUCAUGAUUGCGAUCGAAGGAAAUCUUUCGUCGCUUCGAAAUUCUCAUGGCAUCCACGUCAAAGAGUGGAAGCGCUUGCUUAAGGUCUACGCCUCCAUGGGACGACCAUUGGGUGCAAUGUUGCUGCAGCAUGCUUUCACAAGUUAUCUUGCGGCUUCAGCCACUGUCAUGGUCAUGCCUCCUGAAUUUCCUCAAGGUGGUCAGGUCCUGGAUUAUCUCCUCCAGCAGAGCCCACAAGAUCUCUCGGUGCAUGGCAAUGGUGUUGACGAGUCGACACUAGAGGAUCUCACGGAACUACUGACAGAGGUCGUUGCUCUUCUUGAUGCUGAUGCAGAUUAUCUGCAGGUCAGCUCAGCUUGGCAGCAGCGGUUGGCCUUUUCGACCAAGGCUAGCUGUUUGAUCAGCUUCCUGUGUUGUUCUUUGAUGAAUGAAGAUAUCGCCGAUGCCGACGUCAUUAUAGGCUGGUUGGAAGGAGUCUUGUCCGAUCCAGUCCAACUUGCUGAUGACAGACUUGCAAGCGUCACGCUAAAAUGUAUGGCUAUCCUCGCAAAAACAUCCAGAGCCUAUGCUUCAAACUUGGCACGUUCCCUACCUAGGUUCAUCGUACAAGGACGGAUGACCAGCGAUACUGUUGUCAUUGCAGCCAACUGUCUCGCGGACGUUUUACAAGUACUGCCCCAGGACCUGAUCAUCAGUACACUCUACAGCCUUGGAAACGUGCUCAGUACCGGUCCUUCUACCAAUCGGGCAAACACUUCCUUGUUCAUUGACGGCAAUGGAACCGCGAACGGUACCAUGAACGGAUCUUUGAAUUCCUACACUCAGCAACCUACAGGAAGUUCUAUAUCCCUGGUCACCGACGAUGACGAGGAGACAGUUCUAGUUCAUGCUGCAGUCAUCGAAGCAAUUGUUGCAAUUGCCAGGAAGUGCGAUAACGAAAAGAUCACUGCACUUGCGGUCUCAAUGUUGAUCCAGAAAAUUGGCCGUGUCAACCAAGCUGUCGAUGCUAAGAUCAUCAUGGGAUCUGCUGCUCUAGGUUGCCAGAGCGAGCCAAAUGAUUUGCGCCUUUUGCUAAGAUUCUAUGCAAGACACGUGACUGAGGCAUUGUCUUCUGGCAAUACUUCUAUGCUUCAGGCAGUGAUGGAGGCUCGCAUGCUGAUGGCAAGGAGCAUUCUCCCAACGUCUCCUCUUUAUGAGAUAUACCUCACUCAUCUUCUGGACGGCGUUGUCAGCACGAGUGAUGUUAGCAAUCGUGACACUAAAACUCUGGUUGUUGACAAGCUAGCUGUUGACCAGAUCUCGCAAGUGUUGCCCCCUCUGGCUGCCCUCGCCGCACUCAUGCCUUAUGAGUAUACCCAAUUCGAGGAUCCGGAGAUGGUCUCUGCACUCAGUCGCGAUGCAUGGUUCAAUCUCAUCGCACACGACUUCACUCUCAAUUCAUCAUUCGCCAAGCAACAUCAGCAAGAGCUCCAGACUCUGGCAUGGUAUACUCCAUCUUUAAUUGAUAGCAACAAAGCCGACACACAAGAAAGCGGUAUCGAUCUCAAUACCGUCCUCCGUCGUGGUAUGACUCCUCAACAUGCUGUUCAGCUGAAGUCGCAAUUGAUAAGUGUUUUACCGGCACAUGAGUCGGACAUCAAGAAUCUUAACUAUGCCGAACUUACCUUCCUGAACGCCGCCCACUUGGUAGCAGUGCUGCGUGCUCAGUCCGGAGACUGUACAAGGACUCUCGAAUACUUUGUGGACCCUAAAUUCAAGAGUGGUGCUCUCAGUAACUGCUUGUUAGGUGUGGCCCUGAGUGCAGUUGACACCUACUUGGCACUUACCAUGACUGGACGGAGUCAGACCUUUUCGGCCGUCAAUUUGGCACAACAGCUAGCAAGGUUGCUGGAAAGCUGUUGUCAUCGUAUUGAUAAGGUGCAGCAGGUUGCCACGCUUGCCGCGGACCGCAUCAUUGACCAGGUGCCCUCGUCGCUUUGCCAAAGAAUAUCACUCUUUGCCCUCCUGGAGCUACUGAGCCUCAUGUGGAUCAGCUGUCUGGAAGCAGAGACUGACGAAUACGAGUGCAAGUCGUUCUACAGCUCGGCGAAAGGUAAUGUAUCCCUGCAGCUUUCAGACAAUUUUGCCUAUAGGCAGACUACUUUGCGAUCAUUCCAACAAAAAUGUCGCCGCUGGGUAUUGAAGACCCUGGACCGCGCUCCCCUGGAUAUGAAAGGACUUUUGCAAACAUACCUUUCUGACUAUGACGAUGAGGAGUCGUAUGGUCGUAUCUCGAUGGGCAGAUCUUUCGCUCUUGAGCUCGGCUCUCUCAUUCCAGGAACUGACCAGAGACUUGGCGCCAUUGACCGGAGAAUGGACCCAAGUGUCAAUACUGCUUCUGAUUUCGUUGCACAGUAUACAACUCGUCAAGAAUACCGCUAUCUGGACACACUCUCCAGACAGGACGAAGAGCUCCUGCACGCACAGCAGACUGGUGUCAUUGGGCUUCCACGAUCUGCUCUAAGCGAACAGGCUCGCGAGGUCACUGCCACGUUGAGAGAGAUGAAUAACAACCUUCGCGAUCAUCAUCCAGCCUCGCCGGAAGAGCUGAGAUUCAAUCUAAGACGUGCAGCAGCCGUGCUGUGCAAGGUGGAUGCCGAUCGAUUUGGACUUGCUCAGCAGUUGGUCGGUAUUCCUUUCACGGCUUUCAGCAAACCAGCCAUCAAACUUGGUGUUUCUCUCUGGAUGGGGGUAAUCAAAGAAAAUCCACAGUUGGAGUCUCGAGUCCUCGUUGAGAUUGCCGAAGGCUGGGAAAAAACUAUUCAGAAAAAGCGAGGCAUUUUCAGCCAGACAUUCAACCAUCUCGAUCCUUUUUAUGUCAAAGAGGAGUUUGCUCCUACUGAUAAGAGUGCUAUCACCAAACGCCAACAACAAGUCCAUGAUUUGAUAGCACCUCAUUUCAGACUUGUCCAAUUCCUUUCCAGUCACUUUAAUGCCACCAGACUGAGUAACCCACACACUGGACGUAUCUUCUUCCGCUUGAUGCGCGUCACCCUUGCAGCUUUGAGACGAAGUGGCAGCCACCCUCUUGCUCGUGAGGUCCAUUUCCAUCUCAUUCUACUGGCUCUUCGGGUCAUUAGCUAUGGUACUGGUUACGAUGAGAAGUCUCGCUGGGAGCUCAAGGACCAAAUUCUGUCUGCCGCCCUGAGAUGGUUCAAUUUCCCAGCUCGAUGGUCGUAUGGUGGUAACAAAUUGCAAGUCAAGGCCGAAGUGCAAGUCAUGUCGGAUGUCAUCUUGGCGGUUCAAGCCGUUACUUCUAUGGGAGCCAAGAUACUGCCUCCAUUGCAGCCCUUGCAGGCCAAACAGGACUUACUUCUUCAUUUGCUGCAGAACGAAAUUACGAGACUCAAUGUUUGGCUAUCUCCUCUGGGACAGGAAACCUCGCAUACCAGCCAUCAAGGCAAAGCCAAUGAUGCCGCAAUCGCUGCUCUAGUCCCGACUGCUUGGGCAGAAGCACCAUCUCUUGCUGUACAGAUGGCUUUCAGAUUUCCCUCGCCACUUAUUCAGAGUCAAGUUCGGUCAUUGUUGGUCAACUAUCCUGAGAAGGCGCUGCAUGAGCCCGAUGCUCUGCAGAUUAUGCUUGGUACCAGCAUGCCACAUGACAUCUCGUCUCAACUAAAAUACCUAUUGUAUUGGGCUCCGGUCAACCCAAUCACUGCUGUGACAUACUUCCUGCCAGCAUACGGAAACCAUGCCUUCGUUGUACAAUACGCUAUGCGUGCUUUGGAAAGCCACUCAGUCGAUGUGACGUUCUUCUACGUGCCUCAGAUUGUGCAGACGCUUCGUUACGAUUUGCUGGGCUAUGUCGAACGCUACAUAGUCGAGACUGCGAAGUUCUCCGGGCUGUUUGCGCAUCAAAUCAUCUGGAAUAUCAAAGCCAACGCCUUCAAGGAUGAAGACUCACAAAUUCCCGAUCCCGUCAAACCAACACUUGACAAAGUCAUGGACUCACUUAUCUCCAGCUUCUCAGACGAGGAUCGAGACUUCUAUGAGCGUGAAUUUGGGUUCUUUAGUGAAGUAACAAGCAUCUCUGGAAAGCUCAAGCCUUUCAUUAAGCGACCAAAACCGGAGAAGAAGGCAAAGAUCGAAGAAGAAUUACGAAAGAUCCAAGUCGACGUUGGCGUCUACCUCCCCAGCAAUCCCGAUGGAGUUGUCGUUGGCAUCGAUCGAAAGUCUGGAAAGCCUCUCCAGAGUCACGCCAAGGCCCCGUAUAUGGCAACUUUCCGUAUUCGCAAGGAGAGGGCUCCGGACCUUGACGCUGUUGACGACCAACAGGAUCACGUAGCUGAAGAGGGUGGACCUCAGCAAGAUACUAGCUACGAGGUGUGGCAGUCAGCAAUUUUCAAGGUUGGUGACGAUUGUCGUCAGGAUGUACUGGCCUUGCAAAUGAUUGCAGCUUUCCGCGGAAUCUUCAACAACGUUGGACUGGACGUGUAUGUCUUCCCAUACAGAGUGACAGCCACAGCCCCUGGAUGUGGUGUCAUCGAUGUCCUUCCAAACUCUAUCUCCCGUGACAUGCUUGGUCGUGAAGCGGUCAACGGUCUCUACGAAUACUGGGUAUCAAAAUACGGAACCGAGGAUUCACUUCGCUUCCAACAAGCACGCAGCAAUUUCGUCAAGAGUAUGGCUGCUUACUCGGUCAUUUCGUAUUUGUUGCAGUUCAAGGAUCGACACAACGGCAACAUCAUGGUCGACGAUGCGGGUCACAUCUUACACAUCGACUUUGGCUUCAUUUUCGAUAUCGCACCUGGUGGUGUCAAAUUUGAGCGCGCACCGUUCAAGUUGACUAGUGAGAUGAUCGCGGUGAUGGGCGGAUCGACACAGUCGCAACCCUUCAAGUGGUUCGAAGAGCUUUGUGUCAAGGCAUUCCUGGCCUCGAGACAACACGCAGAGAAGUUGAGUCACUUGAUCGUUGUCAUGUUGGAUUCAGGCUUGCCAUGUUUCAAGCCUGAAACCAUCCAGCAUUUCAAGGAGAGGUUUGUACUCGACAAGAGUGAGCGUGAGGCGGCUGACUUCAUGCGCUCGCUUGUGCGCUGGAGCGGAAAGAGUCACAGCACGGGUGUUUACGAUCAGUUCCAACUUCUCACCAAUGGCAUUCCGUACUAG